UGGGCAGAUGCGGUCGGUACGGUUCAGAGAGUGAUAAGUGUGUUGGAAGUAGUAAAUGUCUUAUCCAGGAAUAUUGGGUGGAUGAUUAAGCUAUAAUAGUAAUAAUAUUAAGAAUUAUUCGUAGAAUGUCUACAAAUAGAGUGGUGACUGUUAUACAGGAUGAACAACAUGUAAUUACAGAAGUGUGCAAUUUGAUCGAAAACAUCUCAAAGCAAGCAAUAGAAAAGGAUGAUGUGUUCAAAGUUGGACUGUCAGGUGGAUCACUCACAAAGAUUUUAUCCAUUGGAUUGCCAAAAAUUGAUACCGACUGGUCAAAAUGGAGAUUGUUUUUUUGUGAUGAAAGGGUUGUACCGUUUGAGAGUGCAGAUUCAACGUACGGAAUCUACAAGAACGCACUGAUAGGAACUUUACCAUUAACUGACCACCAGUUUAUAAAAAUCGAUCCUCAUUUACCAGCCGAAGCAGCAGCCAAAGAUUACAUCCAGAAAAUGGCAGUGUACUUCCCACCUGAUUCACUUCCACGGUUUCACCUUUUGCUGCUGGGGCUGGGUCCGGAUGGACACACAUGUUCCCUCUUCCCAGGACACCGUAUUUGUGAUGAGACCUCAGUGUGGGUUGCGCCAGUUACUAAUGCCCCCAAACCACCUCCAUCAAGAAUAACGCUCACCUUUCCAGUUGUUAACAAUGCCGAAUACUGCGUGUUUGCUGUUACAGGAGUAGCAAAGGCUGAAGUGGUCAAGCGCAUACUGAAGGAUAACGAGCCCCUGCCGGCUGGACGGGUGAAGCCAACAGACGGUACCCUUCACUGGAUACUGGAUUCAGAAGCUGGUGUACAUCUUAAGGACAUGUAAAAACAUAUUCGUGUCUGCCUGUACCAUCAGGAUAUCUAACGAAGGACCACUGCUUAGGAGUGGUAGUUGUAUCUGGUGUUAUGAAGACAGGACCAGUUUCAUAUUGGUACUGCACAGGGAAGAAGACUUAAUAUAUUGGGAAUCAUCAUAAUAUCUCAUAUAUAUACACGCAUAUACAGCCUAAUUUUAUUGUAUGUGGACUGAAAAUGUCGUAAUAACGGUAGGUAUGUUGGACAGACAGCAGAAUCAGUUUGACACCUGUUUUAUACCUGUUUGAUUAUGUGGUCAUGUAGUUCCACUUCUAAACUUUCAUUACUGUGGAUGUUAGACAUUGACAGUGUUACAACAUAUUUGAGUGUGUAGAACAGACUGAAGUGGGAGCUGUGACAGCUCUUCUGUUUCAGGUAUCAUAGGUGGACUGACUUGAGGCUUUUGCAUGAACUGAACAAAGCAUAUCUGAGGUCACAGUCUUCUGGGUUGUUACACUGUGUAGCAUGAACUGAACAAAGCAUAUCUGAGGUCACAGUCUUCUGGGUUGUUACACUGUGUAGCAUGAACUGAACAAAGCAUAUCUGAGGUCACAGUCUUCUGGGUUGUUACACUGUGUAGCAUGAACUGAACAAAGCAUAUCUGAGGUCACAGUCUUCUGGGUUGUUACACUGUGUAGCAUGGUUGAUAGGCACCAAGAGUUUGAAGGAACCUGCUGUCUUCAUCAUGAGUCUUCUACCCUGAAGAUGGAUUUAGCAGGUUUUUCCAAAACUUCAAUACUAGUCUGCCACACGACAUGGUGUUACGUCCCAAAAGAUGAUGAUCUGUGAGAAUCUUAGAGGAUAUUUUGGUAGAAAGGUGGUAUGAGAUGUGUGAGCUACUGAAAUGCUGUAUAAAAUAAACCAACUCGGCAGCCAGUUGGAGUGCAGUGGCUUGUACACCCCUUCUGUGACAUAGUCAGCUGCUGAACAGCUGUGCAAACCUUUUUUUUUUAAGUUGUACAGUUUGAGAGGUGGUCAUGACAUACACAGAAAAUCUCUAUAUGAACCUUAUGUGCUGAUCAUUUUUUAUAUAUGGUGUUAUGCUGAUAACAAUCCAGUGCUUUUCCCCCCGAAUUUAAACUUGGUAUAACAUUUUUUUAGAAAAUUGAGGCAUGGGAGGAUGUUGCAAUAUGGGACAGUGGCUCACUUCUGGUUAAAACCUGCUUGUAGUAAGACAUGUCUGUAUAUUACAUUUUGUUUUGUGUGAAACAUCUUCAGGGCACUUCAUAUCUUGAAUAGGCAACCAUGUGAAUGGAGAUUCCUGGUAGUAACUUCGUAACGAUGACAUAAUGAUAUAUAUAUCACUAUUUGAUGAUGUUUCCCUGGAGUUACUAUGGACACAGUUUAUGUGUGUGUUCAUUCUGUGGCCAACAGACAAUAUCUAUGCAAAAGCAACAAAUUUUGGAUGCUUUUGUGUCUACAUAGUCACUUUAUGAUUUUGUUUUGGUGAGAAAUCUCCUCACUGUAAACAUAUGCAAGAUGUGAUGUAAACAUGUAGAGCUUGCAGGCAAACAUGCAUCUACAAUAUAUUCCUUGUCGCUGGAAA